UUGUACGGACGGAAGUGCCUAGGCCCUUUCCCGAAAAUAGAACUGUGCGCCGGACCGAGACCCGUCAUAGAGAGGCCCCGGGACCGCGCGUCGCGACCCGCCUCGACGGGGAGUAAACCAAACGACACUAAGAACAACCACAACAAGAAAAAGAAGACAAAGUUGAAGAGGAUUCCUCUUAAUGUGCCAACGUUGGAGGCGCGCAAGACGUGCGUGUUUCGAACCACGAGCAACGUGAAGGGUGACGGGAGGAUACAUAAGGGAGGUCCUCUUUUAGAGCUCUGGAACGGGGGAACGUUGCUGCUGCCAGCUAGUGAAAAAAGUGCCGUGCUUUCGGGGGCCUUUUGAAUGUGCCAGUGCGAAUUUUUUUUUCGUUCGAAAGACGAUAGACGCAGAAGAGUGGCUAUGUGUUUUGCAAAGUGUACCUAUUUAACUUGUUUGAUAAGAGUUUUUUUUAAAGAAACUAAUCCAAACUGACUGCUGAUUUGUUGUCGAAGAAAAAUCGAUGCAGCCAUCGGGAAAGAGGCAGAAGUGAUUGAAGGCAAAGCAAGUGAAGAGAUAAAUUACAAUACGAAAGAAUUUAGUGAAAAAUCGUUGAAAUUGUUUUGGAAGCUCUGUGAGGUGCUUUUGACUGAGAUCGGAAGCAAUAAGGAAGAGAACAGGAGAAAAAACUAUGUCUGGUGUUUCGACUUUUUCUGUGCCGAGGAAAUAAGAGAAAAAAAGAUAUACCAAUCAGAUUAGGUCUUUACCUCGCAGCUGCUGCUUCUACAACAACAAACAGCCUACUUUGAUGUGUGUGAAUCUUCUGGUGUCCAUCAGCAGCCUGACCAGAACUGCCGGUGGAAUGAAGUUGAACUGAUCUGAAAGUGAUCGUGAAUGUGAAUGUGAAUUUAGCUCGAGUCAGGUUUAAGUGUGCAAACUGGAGCAUAAUUCAGCGUAAACAGUACAAGUGUUGACUAGAAUAAAAUUAUCCACGUUGCUGCGUGGAAUGUGAGCGACGACGACGACAAUAGCGGGCAGUAAAAUCGCGCGGAAGAAGAGUGUCUCUCGGGUAUGCGUGGUACCGCUGGAGUUCAGAGCGAGAAGUGACGGAGAAGCAGAAGGAAGUGAAAAAAAUGUUGCUGGAAAUUUUUGGGUUUUAAAGUUGCUGGAAGAGUGAGCGAGAGAAGACGAAGCGAUCGAGGAAAAAAAACGUCCAAGAUAAAGUGCAAAAGUGCUAGAGAGACCAGACAACGGAGAAGUUAGAAGCGAGAAGACAUGUGUGCGUAGUUCAUAUUCGAAGACGGGCAAUGAUGGUUUUUAAUUCCUUAAGUGAGCUUCGAUGGCUGAAACAAGAUUCGGAAGGAAAUUGAUCAUUGCAAUUAAGGUGAGAAAAGUGUGCCCCAGCUACUGAUAGCAAGUGACGUCGAGUUGUCCUGAUCAAAAAUCAAAUCGUGUGCAGUUCAGUGCAGUGCAAAUAAGUCAUGGGGAGUGUUGAUCGUUUGUGAUGGAUCGUGAAGUGAGGGCACUGGAUAGGUUAAAACAAUUACCUCGGGUCAACAUAGUGCCAGCAUUAUUAUGACGCAUCGUUGGGGUGUAGUGCUGAAGAGCUGAGAAGAGAUAAGUGUGCACUAGUUAGGGAAGGAGCUUUAAGCCAAUUGAAGCCAGACAAAAUGCGGUGUGCCAGUUUAAAAAUUGCCUUUUGGCUGCUAGUCAUAUUAGAACUGUACGCCGCGAUAGAGGGCGUAGGUGCGCAUGGGCCUGGGCCAGGACCCGGGCCAGGUGUAGUGAUAGGAGCUCGCCGAAGAUCCUCCAAUGAUGGUGCAAUGCAGUCGCGAGCCGUUGAUACGCGUGUUCAAUUUGAGAUUUUUGAAAACGAACCUCGCCUGACGGUGGUGGGAUACAUUCCAACGAAACCGGGGUUCACCUAUCGGUUCAAUGAACCCCCACGGGAGUUCACUCUGGAUCCAACUACCGGUGAAAUUAAAACCAAUGCCAUCUUGGAUCGGGAAAUGACGAAAAACGAUCGCUACGAUUUGGUGAUCCUAUCGAGUCAACCGACGUACCCGAUCGAAGUUCGAAUUACUAUAGUGGACGUUAAUGAUAAUGCUCCUGAGUUUCCGGAGCCCAGCAUAGCGGUUUCAUUCUCGGAAAGUGCCAUUUCAGGUACCAGGCUAUUACUGGAUGCCGCCACGGAUAAAGACAUCGGCGAGAAUGGAGUGACCGAUGACUAUCGAAUCGUUGACGGUAAUCAUGAUGAAAAGUUUCGUCUGGCAGUUACCACCAAUCCCAGCGGUGAUGUGUACUAUCUACAUCUGGAGACAACUGGAAAGUUGGAUCGAGAAACGCGAGGAUCAUAUACGUUAAACAUUUCCGCUAAAGAUGGCGGGACACCUCCAAAGUUCGGUUACCUACAGGUCAACGUAACGAUUCUGGAUGUAAACGACAAUCCCCCGAUCUUCGAUCACAGCGACUACAUCGUGUCGUUGAACGAAAGUGUCAUACCAGGAACACCUGUCCUGCAGGUAAUGGCAUCGGACAAUGAUCUAGGGGAUAACAGCAAGAUCACAUACUACCUUUCGGAUGCAGAAACUCAGUUCACGGUAGAUCCCGAAACGGGUGUAAUUUCAACUACCGAACAAUUGACGUGUCCUCAUCAAAACUGCCAGUCCCUGUCCAGACCGGAUGGAACUUGUCCCAAGAGUUGUGUCUUUACCGUAUUCGCUCGCGAUCAUGGGUCUCCUCGUCAAGAUGGCAGAACGUAUGUAACCGUCAAUUUGGUAGACACUAACGAUCACGACCCGGUCAUACGAUUUCAGUACUUCCCUCCUACGGGAAGCUACGCCACGGUUGACGAGAAUGCCGCCAACAGCUCCGUCGUUGCGGCCGUAUCAGUCGUAGAUAUGGACGAAGGUCUCAAUGGAGACACUAGCCUCAGGAUCGUGGUAGGAAACGAUUUUCAUCAUUUCCGGCUGGAGAAAUCUCCCAGCUUCUACAUUGUACGAGUCAAUGGUGUGCUGGACCGCGAAGAAAUUGGAAAGUACAAUCUUACCGUAGUCGCAACUGAUCGUGGCAAUCCUCCACGAACCGCGACAGCUCAUUUAAUCAUUCACGUGAACGACGUCAACGAUCACGAACCGGUGUUUGAAAAGUCCGAAUAUUCGACCGUUUUAAGUGAACUCACACCCCCGGGAACGUACGUGGCCAGUAUCACCGCAACCGACGAAGACACCGGUGUUAAUGCACAAAUUUUCUACGAUUUCGUCUCCGGAAAUAACAAUCAAUGGUUCAAAAUCGAUCCUUCCUCCGGACUGAUCACCACGCAAGCUCAACUCGAUCGGGAAGUCAAUGGCAACAUAGAACUAAGCAUUUCGGCUCGUGAUGGUGGCCCGAACCCAAAAUGGGCUCACACUCAGCUGAAGGUAACCAUCCUGGAUGAGAACGACGAAGCACCACAAUUUACACAGACGCGGCUAAACGUCACCCUGAACGAAAAUGCCAAACCCAAAACAGUGAUAGCAAUCCUAACAGCCGUUGAUCACGAUCAAGGAACGAACGGGAGCAUCACCUAUCUACUGCACCGUAGCGUGGAGAAAAAUUACCCAGGAAUGUUCCAACUGGAUCCGAUCUCCGCUCAGCUAACCACGAAAAGUAGCCUCGAUCGAGAGCAGGUUCCCAGCUACAGCAUCCAGGUGAUCGCCCGUGAUCAAGGAACUCCGCCGCAGUCAUCGACGGCAACGGUGCAGCUAACGAUCGAGGAUGCCAACGAUAACAAUCCGGAGUUUUAUCCGAAACAGUACUUUUUGGCUCUACCGGAAGAUACCGUGACGGGGAGACCGAUCCUGCAGGUCAAGGCUAGCGAUCCCGAUGAAGGUGUGAAUGCGAUGGUAUCGUACGAAAUGAUCAGUGGAGGUGACGGGAUGUUUACGAUUGAUGGGACGACGGGGCAGAUCAGUUUGAGAGGAAGUUUGAAAAAGUCGUCCAAACCGUUGUACAAAUUGGUGAUCGUUGCUAAGGAUAAGGGAGGAAGACGAGCGGAUAAGGAUGCGGUGGUGGAGAUUGUUAAGGAAUCGAUCGUGGAGGAGAUUGAAUUUGAUACGUUGAGCGGGUAUGAGUUUCAGCUGGUGGAGGAUAAUGGAUUGGAGGGAGGAAUGAAAGAGGAAAAAGAGGUUGGCCAGGUGAGAAUAAAAUCUUCACACUCGGUUAAAGAUGUUGAGUACUCGAUCGUACAAGGUGAUCCGGGAGAGAGUUUUAAAAUCAACGAAAGAUCUGGCCUAAUUAGUACAGCGAGACAUAUCGAUCGAGAAGCGACAGCUUUCUACAGUCUGACGGUGUCCGCCCGGAACGGUUUGGCAUUCGGACAAACGAUCGUGAAUGUUUCCGUAAUCGAUCUAAACGACAAUGCUCCGAUUUUCCAGCACGAUCACGAUGAGAUUAAUCUCCCGGAAAAUACGGCCGUCGGACAGGAGAUUUAUCUCUCGAAAGCAAAGGAUGCCGAUUCAGGGGCAAACAGUCGAAUAACCUACAGUUUGAGCUACAACCCGGAGAACCUGUUCCGAGUUUCGGAAACAACGGGAGUACUGUACUUGAACCGACCAAUUUUCGUUGAUCCGGGAACGACAUUAAAUCUGGAAAUUACCGCCUCCGACGGUGGUGAUCCACAGCUGACCGCGAAAGGUAGUGUCACAGUUACGAUCGAAGAUGUGAACGAUCACACGCCCGUGUUUGAUCACACCUCGUACGAAACAUCCCUGCUGGAAUCAAUGGCCGUAAAUUCACGCUUUUUCGCACUAGCCGCAUCGGAUGCCGACAUCGGCAUCAAUCAGCGAAUAUCGUACGCGAUCGUUGAGGGAAACGUUGACAGCAAGUUUGGAAUUUUCCCGGACGGUUUUCUGUACGUGAAAAGUGCACUUGAUCGCGAGGAGCGCGAUUAUUACUCACUAACAGUUACCUGUACCGAUGAGGGUGAUCCGGCCCGAAGCUCGUCCGUGCCGGUGAUUGUUCAUGUGAUCGAUGAGAACGAUAACCCACCGCAGUUUACCAACAGCACGUUUAUAUUUAGCGUGGCGGAAAAUGAGCCGGCCGAUACCUUCGUGGGUAAAUUGACGGCGGUUGAUCGUGACAUUGGCCGGAACGCCGAGUUAAUCUAUAUGCUAUCGAGCAAACAGGAAGAUUUCACCGUAGACUCGCGGAAUGGGUUCAUCAAAACCAUGCACGAAUUUGACCGGGAGGCAUUGGUACAAACGACCGGACAGAAUUUCGUCAUGCUUGAAGCGAUCGUUUCCGAUAAUGGUUUGACCCGUUUGCGAGAUAAGGUGAAAAUUAAAGUUUUCAUAACCGACGUGAAUGAUAAUGCGCCACAGUUCGUGCGGGCUCCUUAUAAGGUACAGAUCUCGGAGGGAUCAUCGAUCGGGACCCAGCUGAUUCGCGUUUACACCAACGAUGCCGACGAAGGUCUGAAUGGUGAUGUGUACUACCACAUUACCGAGGGAAAUGGCGACGAGCGAUUCGUAAUCGAUGAUGCUACCGGUCAGAUAACGCUGGCCAAAGCCCUGGAUCGUGAAACGGUGUCAAUGUAUAAAUUAACGAUCGUUGCCCAUGAUGCCCCGAUGCAGAAUCGAUUAAGUGCCAGCACGACCGUUACCAUUGAGGUGUUGGACGAAAAUGAUGACGCACCGGAAUUCACUCAGACCCACAGUCAGAUCUCGAUUAAUGAAACGACCGCCAUCGGGACGGAGCUGAUUCGAUUCCGUGCCACGGAUAUGGACCUUGGCGUUAACAGUCAGAUUAUGUUUUCGAUCGGUGCCGGCAAUCGAAAGGAUACUUUUCAUAUUGAUCCCACCAGCGGUUAUUUGUAUUUACACAAGUUGCUCGAUUAUGAAGAAACGCAAAGUUACUCUCUGAACAUCACCGCAUCGGACGGUGGAAAUCCACGUCUCUCCACUACGAUCCUGUUCACAGUGAAUGUGAUCGAUGCUAAUGAUAAUCCUCCCAGCUUUCCAAACACGGCGAUCGUGCGACAAAUUCGUGAAGGUAUUCCCAUUAAAACUCCAAUUGUGACGGUGACUGCAGAGGAUCCCGAUUCCGGUUUGAAUGGGAAGGUGUCAUAUGAAAUUUCCAACCAAGAUCCGGACAAUCGCCACCGACAUUUUGGAAUUAAUCCUACGACGGGAGUGAUUCACACUCUGCAUGCAAUUGAUCGUGAAGCGAUCGACACCUAUCGCCUGACGGUGAUUGCCACUGAUCAAGCUGCCAUCCCAUCGCAAAGGUUAUCCGCCGAAAAACUAGUGACCGUUAUAGUUGAGGACAUUAACGACAACGCACCGGUGUUUGUUUCGAUGAAUGCUGCCACCUUGCCCAUCAAGGACAUCCGGCUGGGUGUGGACAGUAGCCCAAAUCCGAUUAUGUACAUCAACGCUUUCGACGCGGACUCCAGUUCCAACGGGUUGGUGACUUAUGAAAUGACCGGUGGCAAUACGGACCUGUUCAAGUUGCAUCGAUCGACCGGUGCCAUAACGUUGAGAAAAUCGAUCACCAAGCCGGAAAUUCGCUAUCAAUUGGCGAUCCGAGCGACGGAUGAGGCAGUGCAAAACGAACGAAAAAGUAGUGACGCGUACAUCACGAUCCUAACGACCAUCCCGGCGAACAAUGGGCCAGUGUUUGUGAAGAAGGAACUGUUCGGUAGUGUGUCGGAAAAUGAACCGAUCGGAACGAGCAUACUGACCGUGUCCGCUUAUCUGAAUUCGGUUAGUGAUAUCGAGUACUAUGUGACGAAUGUGACCGGUGAUGGGAAGCAAGUGAACCGUUUGUUUGACAUCGAUACGAAGCUGGGAAUAUUGUCCACGGCGGCUGAGCUGGAUCGAGAGUCCGGCGUCGAGAGUUAUGAGGUGGAAGUGUACGCGAUUGCACUCGGAGGAAUGCCACGAACCACGAGCACUAAGAUUCGAGUGAAUGUGCUGGACAAGAACGAUAGCCCACCGACAUUUCGUGACAUUCCGCUGGUAUUUUCCGCGUCGGAAGAUUUAGCCGUAGGACAGACGGUAGCACAAAUAACCGCCACCGAUCCGGACACACUCGGCGCACUGGAAUAUUCGCUGGUGAACGGCGACACGGACAGGUUCCUGCUGGAGAAGGACACCGGUCUGCUGAAGCUGCGGGAUGCGUUGGAUCGCGAAACCGAAGAUACCUAUCGGUUAGUGGUCAGCGUUACCGAUGGCGUUCAGAGCACCGAAACCACCGUCACCGUUCAGGUCACCGACACCAACGAUAAUCCACCGUCGUUUUCCGAACCGGCCUACUCGUUCGACAUACCGGAGAACGCCCCGCGCGGCUUCCAGGUCGGUAUCAUCUCGGCCAGCGAUCCGGAUCUGGGUACCAACGCUGCCGUCACCUACAGUGUCAUUUCGGACUGGGCCAAUGAUGUGUUCUCGCUGAACCCGCAGACCGGGAUCUUCACGCUGACAGCCCGGUUGGAUUAUGAGGAGGUACAGCACUACAUUCUUGUCGUGCAGGCCCAAGAUAAUGGCCACCCGAGCCUAUCGAGCACGCUGACCGUCUACUGUAAUGUGAUCGAUCUGAACGACAAUGCUCCCAUCUUCGACCCGAUGAGCUACUCCAAUGAGAUUUUCGAGAACGUGCCGAUUAACACCGACGUGGUUACGGUCAGUGCCACCGACAUCGAUUCCGGAAUUAAUGGACGGAUUGAGUACAGUAUUACGAUGGGCGACGAAAACGAGGAUUUUCGGAUUCUCCACAAUGGCACGAUUCGCACCAGGCGCGUCCUGGAUCGGGAGACUAAGGCUAGCUACAAUUUAAUCGUGACGGCGCAGGAUUGUGCAAAAGAACCAGAAAGGCGCCUGUCCUCCACUGUACAGGUCACAAUCGUCCUCAAAGAUGUCAACGACCUGGCGCCGGAGUUUGUGACCCCGAACGAAACGGCGGUGGCCGAAAACAUUCCCCUGAACACGGUCAUAAUGGCGAUCAAGGCUGUGGACCGUGACGAAGGUCGCAACGGGUACGUCGAGUACCAGCUGGAUCCGAAUGUGCAGACACCUUUCACGAUUGGAUCCGCGGAUGGGCUGCUGCGUGUGUCCGGUCGGUUGGAUCGUGAAAUCAAAGCCAGUUAUGAGCUGGUGGUGACCGCAAAAGAUCGCGGCGAACCGCCCAAAUCGAGCCAAUCCAGGAUUUUGAUACACGUGCUCGAUGAGAACGACAACAGUCCGAUUUUCGAUCCGAAACAGUACAGCGCGGCGAUCGCGGAAAACGCCAGCAUCGGGGCUAGCGUGUUACAGGUUUCCGCGACCGAUAUCGACGAGGGCGCUAAUGGACGGGUCCGUUUCUCGAUUGCGGCCGGCGACGACAAUCGAGACUUCACCAUCAGCGAGGAUAGCGGUAUCGUUCGUGUGGCCAAGAAUUUGAACUACGAGCGCAAGUCGCACUACACGGUAACGGUGCGGGCGGAGGAUUCCGCCAGUGACACGGAAAAUGGCGAAAUUCGCUUCGACACCGCCAAACUGUCCAUCACCAUCACGGACAUCAACGACAAUCCGCCGACCUUUCUGGACUCGCCCUAUCUGGCGUAUGUGAUGGAAAACGUGAUCCCACCGAACGGCGGGUACGUCAUCACGGUGAAGGCGUACGACGCUGAUACGCCACCGUUCAACUCGCAGGUUCGCUACUUUCUUAAGGAGGGCGAUACGGACUUUUUCAAAAUUAAUGCAUCGAGCGGGGAAAUUUCACUGCUGCGGGCACUGGACCGGGAAAUGCAGGCCGAAUACAUCCUAACACUAGUGGCGAUGGACACCGGUUCACCACCACUCACCGGCACGGGAACGGUACGCGUCAUCGUCCAGGACAUGAACGACCACAGUCCGGAGUUCGAGCGACAGUCCUAUCAAGCUACAAUAUCGGAAAAUCUCCCAAUUGGAAGCAGAGUCCUACGUCCGAUUGCAACCGACAGGGAUACCGGUUUGAACGCAAAAAUCCGUUACACUCUACUCGGAGAGUACUCGCAACGAUUCAGCGUAGAGCAGGACAGUGGUGAGAUCUCAACGGCCGCCAUACUGGAUCGUGAGGAUAUUGCGCUGUACCAUUUCACCCUGAUGGCUCAGGAUAGCUCAACGACGGAACCCCGAGCUACGGUUGUAAAUCUGACAGUACAGGUUUCGGACAUGAACGAUAACAGCCCAACGUUCGAGUCCCGUACCUUUCACGUUAAUAUUCCCGAUCGGAUCAAGCGUAAUCAGUUCGUGUUCGGUGCCAAAGCGAUCGAUUUGGACGAAGGAAUGAACUCUCGCAUUCUGUACUCGAUCGGUGGAUCGGAUGCCAACAAGUUUCAUAUCAAUGAAAACACCGGAGUGAUAGAGGCUUCCGUUGAACUGUCGCUACCCGGACAAAAUGCCGAUCGCGUGUUCAGUUUGAUCAUUGAGGCUCGCGAUCAGGGUUACGAUCAGAAAUCAACCAAAAGCGAACUGACGAUUGCUCUGAAAUCCGCUCAUCUAUUUCCGGUGUUUUCGUACCUAUCGGAAACGCAAUUCGUUUUACCGGAGGAUAUUUCGGACGGAAAAGUAGUAACCAAAAUAUCAGCUACUUCACCGAAGAAAGGACCGGCUGGCAACAUACGGUACGCAAUUGCCGGUGGUAAUAUUGGUGAUGCUUUACGUAUUGAUCCAAAUACCGGGGAAGUGGCUGUUAAUAAAGGUGGACUGGACUAUGAACGUAAUCAGCAGUACGAAGUUUGGAUCGAGGCUGCCGACUCGGAUCGGCCUAGUCUGCGAAGUGUAAUGCAGCUGAUCAUUAACGUCACGGAUGCGAACGAUAAUCCUCCGAUCAUGGAAAAACAAGUUUACAUGGCUGAGGUUAUGGAGGAAGAAUCUCCAGGAUUGUUCGUCACUAAGAUACAGGCUACGGAUGUCGAUUCGGAAGAAAAUGGUCAGAUAACGUAUAGUUUGGUUAAAGAUUACGAUAGCUUCGAAAUCAAUAGUGAUACGGGGGAGAUCUAUACCACAACUAGGCUAGAUCGAGAGGAUAUUCCGCGAUACGCUUUGAUAGUGAAGGCAGUAGAUCAAGGUGUGCCGCAACUAACUGGUAGUGCGACCGUACUGGUUCAUGUACUGGAUAAAAAUGAUAAUCCUCCUAAAUUUACUCGGUUGUUCAGUGUCAACGUGACUGAAAACGCAGAAAUUGGGAUCUUCGUCAUUAAGAUAACGUCAUCCGAUUCGGAUAUCGGGAUCAACGCCAAUGCAACGUACAUCUUCACAGAAAACAUCGGCAACAAGUUUCUGAUCGAUUCGACGUCCGGUAAUGUUACCGUAGCUGGUCAUUUGGAUCGUGAGCAACAAGACGAAUACAUCCUGAAGGUAGCCGCAGUGGAUGGUGCUUGGCGGGCUGAGACACCUCUCACAAUUACAAUCCAGGAUCAGAACGAUAACGCACCGGAAUUCGAACAUAGCUACUACAGCUUCAACUUUCCGGAACUACAGAAAGCGGUUACCUUCGUGGGUCAGGUGAUCGCUACCGAUCGGGACAAGCAUGGUCCGAAUUCCGUAAUUUCCUACUCACUUCAGCAGCCUUCGGAUACGUUCUCAAUCGAUCCUGCCACCGGAGAACUAUUCAGCAAACGAACCAUCCAUUAUAAACACACCCAGAUGGAAUCAUCACCGGAGAACAUGUUCAGUUUGACGGUUCUGGCAACCGAUAAUGGAAAACCACCCAUGUACUCCGAGUGCUUGAUCAACAUCAACGUGGUAGACGCCAAUAACAAUCCGCCGGUUUUCACGCAAAGAGAAUACCUUUCACCAGCACCGGAAGGUGCGACUGUUGGCCAAAAAAUCAUGCAGCUUCUCGCUCGGGACGAGUACGAUUACGGAGUUAAUGCUGAGAUCGAAUACAUCGUUACGGGAGGGAACGGUACAAGUAACUUCGUAGUAAACAAAAACGACGGAUGGAUCAUUGUGGGGAAUGCGUUGAACGACAGUCCUGGAAAAGUAUACACCCUGAAUGUCCGAGCCGUGGACAAAGGAGUGCCACCUCAGCAGGAUGAAGUUAUCGUGAUGAUUGUUGUCACCGGAAUGAAUAAGUAUGCUCCGGUCUUUCAAAGCCCUUCAUAUCAGGUGAUCGUACCGGAGAAUGAACCAAUCGGGUCAACUAUUCUGACGGUCAGUGCCCCAGAUGACGACGAUGGACCAAACGGGAUGGUUCGCUACUCAAUAACCGGUGGCAACGAGCGGAAAGAAUUCACAAUCGAUAGCGUAUCUGGUGCGAUCACAAUCCUACAACCGUUGGAUUACGACUCGAUUCAAACCUAUCAACUAAAUAUUACCGCCGAAGAUCUUGCCUUUAAACCGAAGAAAUCGAUGGCAAUGAUCACGGUGACACUGACCGAUAUCAACGAUAAUGCACCGACCUUCAAUCAAACCGAAUACGACGCGUUCAUCCCGGAAAACUCACCUCCCAACACAUUCGUGUACAAAGCAAUCGCACAUGAUCGUGACUCUCCUAAGAACGCCAUCAUUCAUUACUCGAUUAUUGGUGGAACAGGACGAGAUAUGUUUUCAAUUGAAACCACGACUGGAGUGAUCAAGUCCCGAGCUACCUUCGACUAUGAAGAGCAAAAUCGCUAUACCCUGGAGUUGAUGGCAAUCAAUCCUGAUUCUCCGAUGAAGAAUAAGACCAAGGUGAUCGUUCACGUCACCGGUGUGAAUGAAUUCUACCCAAAAUUCGUUCAACCCGUGUUUCACUUUGACGUAUCGGAAUCAGCGGAAGUUGGAUCCAGUGUGGGUUCCAUUCAGGCUACGGAUAAAGACGCCGGAGAGGACGGUAAAGUAUACUAUCUUCUGGUUGGGUCGAGCAACGAUAAAGGCUUCAACAUCCAUCCGGAGACCGGGGUGAUGGUGGUAUCGCGGAACCUUGAUCGUGAGACACAGUCCAGAGUGGUGCUUACCAUUUUGGCGAAAAAUUUCGGAGGCAUUCGCGGCAAUGAUACCGAUGAAGCCCAAGUGAUCAUAUCGAUCCAAGAUGGGAAUGAUCCACCGGAGUUUCUGCUCGAUUUUUAUGAGGCUGAUGUAUCGGAGGGAGCUCAAGUGGGAACUAGGAUCAUUACCGUGAAAGCCGUGGACAAAGAUGUUCGGCCACAGAACAAUCAGUUCAGCUACUCUAUCAUCGGAGGAAACAAUGAACAUUCGUUUAAAAUCGAUCCUCAGUCGGGACAGAUUGAAACUUCGCGAAUGCUAGACAGGGAGACAGUUCCAAUUCACAAAUUGAUCCUCGGAGCAAUCGACACAGGUUCACCUCCACAAACGGGCACAACGACCGUUAAAAUAUCCGUCACUGACAUCAACGACAAUGGACCAACAUUUGACCCAAAGGAUACGGUCGGAUCUGUGCUCGAAAAUGAACCACCCAACACGGUCAUCAUGACUCUUUCGGCAACUGAUCCUGAUCUUCCACCCAACGGAGCACCGUUCACAUAUUACCUAGUCGGAGGCCGCCACAAAUCAUUGGUUACACUCGAAAAACAUUCCGGUGUUUUAAGAACAGCUCGCAGCAUAGAUCGUGAGACUACGCCGAAACUGGAACUCCUGAUUGAAGUCGAAGACAACGGGAAACCCAAAAUGCGAACACAGCACACGAUCGUCGUCAACGUAAUGGAUCAAAACGAUAGUCCUUCCACUCCUCGAAUUGUUCACAUCUUGGUAUAUGUGUUCAACGAUCAGAUCAACGGGGACAUCGCAAACGUUCAUCCGAACGAUCCGGACACGACGGGAGAUUACCGUUGCAAAAUUAUCGGCGAUCUAAACAAGAAUCCGGUGAAUAAAUUUGCUAUCGGCACCGGCUGCAAACUCCGAACAAUAUCAUCAUCCAUCCCAAGUAAUGGUCACACUUUCCUAGUGUCCGGAAACGAUGGCCGACACGCGGACGUCGUCUCCACGGUCAGUGUUGAAUUCCUGCGAUUUGACAACGUCACGGUUGAAAACUCGAUAACCAUUCGAAUCGAAAAUAUGACCAGCAGUCGGUUCCUAGCGAAUUACUAUCGGAAUUUUGUUGACAUUCUGAAAUCGUCGAUCGAGAGCUCAAACGACCUGAUAGUGUACAGCUUCCUAGAUACGGAUAAGGCGAUGGAUAUUUCCGUUGCCAUAGCCAACGAUGGAAAGGGUUUCCGCUCCAAGCAGUAUAUCAUCGAACGGUUCCACAAAAAGCAGGACGCCAUAAAUCUGCUACUACAGAACACCCGAGUCAUAAUUGGAUUCCUACCGUGUGACACUAACACAUGCGACAACGGAGGUGUCUGCUUCGAGAAGAUCAACGUGUAUGAAGACACUCAGAUCACGGAUAGUCAGUCGUUGAUAUUCACAUCUCCUCUCGUUCGUCACGACUUCCGCUGCAAAUGCUCGGAUGGGUACACCGGUGAAAAGUGCGAUAAACGACAGGAUCCCUGUUCCCCUAGUCCAUGUCAAGCUGGAGGUCUGUGUCGUCGUCAGGGAUACGAUUUCCAGUGUUCCUGUCCUGCUAAUCGAGAAGGAAAAUUCUGUCAACUCGAACGUGGUGACGUAUGUUCUAGUAGUCCUUGCAAAAAUGGAGGAUCGUGUAGGGAAAGCUCGGACGGUUCAUCGUUUUUCUGUCUCUGUCGGCCGGGUUAUCGAGGCAAUCAGUGUGAGGCUGUAGCGGAUUCCUGCCGACCGAAUCCCUGUCUGUAUGGUGGUUUAUGUGUCGGUUUGAAGCCAGGAUACAAGUGUAGCUGUGUGGAUGGUCGGUAUGGGCGGCACUGCGAGAAGACCACCUUCGGAUUUAAGGAGCUAUCGUAUAUGGCAUUUCCUGCUCUAGAUUCGGCGACCAAUGAUAUUUCGGUUAUAUUUGCAACUACAAAACCGGAUGCUUUGCUGAUUUAUAAUUAUGGAAUUCAGAGUGGUGGUCGGUCGGAUUUUGUUGCGAUGGAAGUGGUGAAUGGUCGGGCAGUGUUUUCGUAUGGUGGAGCAAGGACGGCUAUCACAUCACUGGUCGUAGGACAGGCAGCUUCCAGCAAUGAUACCAUUUCUAAUGGAAAGUGGCACAAAAUAACGGCUACCAGGAAUGGGCGAGUGAUGUCUCUGAGUGUUUCCAAAUGUUCUGAAAAUGGAGACUACUGUGUGGAUUGCAAACCGGGUGAUUCCAACUGCUACGCGGAUGAUACUGGACCGACGGGAACACUAAACUUCAACAAACACUUCCUGCUAGUGGGCGGCCUGGCAUCAGCCGAUCCCGUUCUGGAACGUCCCGGGCAAGUGCAUUCCGACGAUCUGGUAGGUUGUGUGCAUAGCGUUUCGAUCAACGGCCGUGCACUGAACUUAAGCAGUCCUAUCAAAUCGUUUGGUGUUGAAUCAACCUGCAAAAGAGGCAAUAAUGGUGGUCCUUGCAGCCAGGGAUUACCGGAAGAUCCCGCCCAGUCACGGUGUGGUGCAUUCGGUCAAUGUUUGGACCGUUGGCAUACGGCUAUGUGUCGGUGUGGAGCAUCGAUCCUAUCCCCGGACUGUUCCAACUCACUGGAACACUAUUCGAUAGCAGAUGGAGGCUUUAUAGAAUUCGAAAUAUCCGAGAAACACAAACGUAUGCAGUUACUGGAGAAUAUAUACAGUGGAAAGAGUAUCUGGAGUUAUGAUGUGACGAGAAAUAAACGUUAUUCGAUCAAGACGGAAAACAUAUCCAGUUUGACGAUCGCGGAAGAUCCGCCGAAAUACAUGAGUCUUCUGUUCAAAACUAACAAACCCAACGGAUUGCUAAUCUACGCCGCAACCAACAAACACUACACUUCGAUCGAACUAAAAAAUGGGAAGAUCUUCUACAACUCACACCAGUCGUCUUUUAUCAACAUAACGGCUUCUUCGCUGGUGAAUUUGGCGGAUGGAAACUGGCAUAACAUUACUCUGCACGCUCACAACCGGAUCCUGCAGGUCAUCGUAGACGGUAAAAGCGCUAUCGAAGACCUUGAUUCGGCUGGAGUUCAUGAUUUCCUCGAUCCCUAUCUAACGGUACUUUCGAUCGGCAAUGUACGCAGGGAACUGUUCGUGAACGAAGUCAUGCCCGUUUAUUUCCAAGGUUGUUUUGCUAAUUUCACCAUCAACAACGAGAUUCAACCGUUCAACGGAUCCGGAAGCAUAUUCAAGCGUGUAAUUCACCGCGGAAAUGUCCUACCGGGUUGUUUACUAGCUGGUUUGGGAGCUGCUCAGGUGACCGAUCCUCUCAGCAUCGGAAUCACGCUGGUAAUCGUAUUCUUCGUCGUACUGUUGGUGGCUAUAUUCCUAUCGUUCCUGGUGUUUCGAUUACGGAAGCAGCACAAAGAGAAGAGUGGUGGUCUCGGGGGUCCCUCUACAAUGCAUUCGAAACAGAACGGAGGCUCCACACUGCUGAGCACUUCCCAGUUGGUGUCGUCCGGUGUUCAUAGUGAUAUUGGUAGGGGUAUGCACGUAAAUGAUCUAUCCGUAGUUGGAUACCAUUCGGAUAAUACUGACAUGCUACGAGGCGUCGGUGGACAUCAUUUGGUGGGACCGGAACUUAUUUCGAAAAAAUACAAAGAGCGGGAUAUUAAUUCAGGUGAACCGCAAAGGCCGCAGCGUCCAGAUAUUAUUGAACGAGAGGUAGUUAGUAAAAGUCCUCCCUUACGAGAAGACCACCAUCCACCAUUACCACCACCAAGUCAAUCGCACCACACGCACGAUCAUACAAAUCCCGUUGAUCUAGGGUCUGAGUAUCCCGAGCAUUACGACUUGGAGAACGCUAGUUCAAUCGCACCGUCUGAUAUCGAUAUUGUCUAUCACUAUAAAGGAUACCGUGAAGCUGGAGGUGUUCGAAAGUACAAGGCCACUCCACCACCGGUGGCUACGUACACACAUCACAAACAUCAAACUGCUCAGCAGCAACACCGGCACUCACCGCACCACGCAGGACCAUACGCACCUCGCGUUCCACCUCAAGCUAGUCAACCACCACCGUCGAACACUCCCAGGCCACACCAAACCACACCGCUGGCACGACUCUCCCCAAGUUCUGAGCUAAGUUCUCAGCAACCUAGAAUCCUAACGCUGCACGACAUCUCGGGAAAACCUCUACAAAGUGCCCUUCUUGCGACCACCUCCAGCUCGGGAGGAGUCGGAAAGGAUGCUCUACAUAGCAACAGCGAACGUAGCCUCAACAGCCCGGUUAUGAGUCAACUUUCCGGCCAGAGCUCCAGUGCUAGCCGUAAAAAUCCGGGAGUUCCCCAACAACCGCAGAAUGUCAAUUCUGUCGUUUCCGGACCGAUGGGUCUAACAGCGGAAGAAAUCGAAAGGUUGAAUUCACGACCGCGAACUUCAAGUCUGGUCUCAACACUGGAUGCAGUUUCGAGCAGUAGCGAAGCUCCCCGGGUCCCAGCCCCACACCUAACACACAUGCACCACUCACCGGCAGUGGAUGCCCAUAGUUCAACCUCAACAGAUGAGAGCGGAAACGACAGUUUCACCUGUUCGGAAAUUGAGUACGACAACAACAGUAUCAGCGGUGAUAAGUACACCAAGAAUCGAGAGGACACCAGCCGAAGGGUGGUUAGCGAUAACAAUAACACUAACAAACCACCACAUUUACCGCCGUCAUCCUACGACGGAUUUGAUUCCUCCUUCCGGGGGUCUUUGAGUACGCUGGUGGCAUCCGACGAUGAUCUAUCCACCCACAUGGUAGGAAUGUAUCGUCAACCGAACGGAGCAUCACCAUCGGCCACCGGUUGGGAUUACCUGCUGAACUGGGGACCCAACUUCGAGAGUCUGAUGGGUGUCUUCAAGGACAUUGCCGAACUGCCGGAUACGGUGAAUGGACGCGUCCCGAGCUCACUUCGGAUACCGGCUGGUGUACAGAAGCCCUCGGAGGAGUACGUGUAGAAAUGUAUAGAACAAAAUGUAAAAUCAAGCUAGGAAACAUGGAAUGGAGGCGCAGUUUAGAACAAGUUAAUUCAAAUGACAUGUAAAUAGUAGCCACUACUGCAUUUUAAUUAGUUGAAAGUGGACGAACGGAGUAGGGUGAAGCGAAACACAUCGAUUUUGUGCUUAUUUUGCAAUGCCUUGUAUCAAGGUACGACCUCCAGCACAAACGAAAUAAUGUUUUAGAAAACGAUAAAAGCGCAUUUUACGGAAGUAUAGCAAACCAAUUUUGUAGCUACAUAAAAGGUCCUCCAAAUGUGCAUUUUUUUACCAUAACACCCGGGAGCGCGUUUCGUUUGAACUAUUCGUCCUCGCUUCUGCCCUGGUGAUCAAACAGGGACUGAAUCAGUGCUAUGUUUAAGCGUUAAGAAACUUACAAGGAUUUUAACCUGUAAAUAGUGAUUUUUUUUUAGCACAAGACGACGAUGAGAAUUAUUGUAAACUAUCUUGCCAUAUGCUUUUUAAAAAGAACAAUCCUAUAACAAGUAACCGGGCGUGCGAAGUAGUGAGUAGUGGUUCCAACAAAAACAAAUACUGUUUCCGCCCCCUUAGGUGUAGAAAAUUUUUAACAGCAAUAUAACACAUAUUCGCAAAUCAUGACUUCCAAAUGAGACUGUUUUUAAUUCGUAAUAGAGCCGUAAGAGUUAGUCGCUAAGUUUUAUCCAGUAGAUGUAUGAUGUUUUAUUUUAGAAACUAAACCGAAUACUACGAAAUUUAAAUGUUGUACAAAUGAUCAAUCGGUUUCAGGCGUACCUCUUGGCAUUUAAUCAAUUUGUAAAUAGCCUAGCGAACAAACGACAAAACUCAUAACUGUUCUAGUGAAAUUAGUUUCUGUAAAAUUUCAAAUUAA